AAACUAAAAACGAAGAAGAGUCCAUCAUGCUUUCGAAAGGGUCGGCUAUAACGUCCUGACAAUGAGACCAGCGUGCUGCAAUUUUGAUAUUUAGAGCUUUCUUAAUUAGAAUAUUUAAUUUCCAGAGGUUUUAGCUGUUGUGGUAAAUCUAAAGGAAGGUUUAUUUCCGUUACAGCUUAAAGAAAUGAGCUCAGUCAGAGAAGAAGGUAAAGACAAAAUUAUAUUUGUCACCAAAGAAGAUCAUGAAGCACCCAGCAGCGCGGAGCUGGUAGAAGAAGAUCCUAACGAUCCAUAUGAAGAGCAAGGUUUAAUUCUCCCCAGCGGGGAGAUAAACUGGGACUGUCCCUGUCUGGGAGGGAUGGCCAGUGGUCCCUGUGGGACUGAGUUUAAGGAUGCCUUCUCCUGCUUCCACUACAGCAAGGAGGAAGUGAAGGGUUCUGAAUGCCUGGAGCAGUUCAGGACGAUGCAGGAGUGUCUGCAGCUCUACCCCGAGCUCUACCCUCAAGAAGACGACUCGUCGUCUAGCCAGCCCUCGCAGGAUGCUGCUCCAGCAGAACCAUCAGGUGCUUCUGAGCAGAACUCUGAUACCACAGCGCCUAGCACGCAGAGCUCCGAGGAGAGCUAAUGCUGAGCCUCAAGGCUCGUCGUUCAAUAUUCACAUUCAGUCAUCAGUUUAUGGAACAAGAAAUAAUAUACCUUUAUAUUUUUAUGAUGAUUUUUCAUUAGUUUAUAAUGUUUCAGAAAAUAGAAAUAUCACAGUUGCUCGGUUUGAACGCCAAAUAUCCAAACUGACUGCAUAUGAUACAAGCUGAUGUCAAUUAAAUUAAAUACUAGUUACAAUAAUGGAAAAUAUUUAAAAGCUUUUUUUUCUGCUAAUAAAACCACAGUUUGUGUGAUUUAAGAAGCAGAUUUAGUUUGUUUGCUGGGACAGGCGCUUCUUUCAUGAAGCCUUGGAGUUCUUACUGGGUCCCUCAGAUCUAAAUGAGGUAAAAGGUUCUUCUCAUAAAUCCGGACGUCAGUGAAUAAAACACCAAUAUUCAGGUUCCAUUGAUCCAUCCAUCCAUUUUCAUCCGCUUAUCCGGAGUCGGGUCGUGGGGGCAGCAGCCUAAGGCGAGAGGCCCAGACUUCCCUCUCCCCAGCCACUUGGGCCAGCUCUUCCGGGGGAAUCCCAAGGCGUUCCCUGGCCAGGUGAGAGACAUAGUCCCUCCACCGUGUCCCGGGUCUACCUUUAGGUCUCCUCCUGGUUGGACUUGCCCGGAAAACCUCACCAGGGAGGCGUCCAGGAGGCAUCCUGACCAGAUGCCCGAGCCACCUCAACUGGCUCCUCUUGAUGCGGAGGACCAGCGGGUCUACUCCGAGCCCCUCCCUGAUGACCGAGCUUCUCACCCUAUCUCUAAGGGAAAGCACAGCCACUCUUUGGAGAAAACUCAUUUUGGCCGCUUGUAUCCGCGAUCUCGUUCUUUCGGUCACUACCCAAAGCUCAUGACCAUAGGUUCCAUUAAUGUAAAAAGAUAUUUGUCAUUUCUGUUCAGCGUUACAGGACCAAGCGUAUAUAACUGUUUGCACUGUGUGUGUGUGUGUGUGUGUAUAUGUGUCUACUUUAAUUAGCCUUAAACAACAGGUGGAAACACAAUUGAAUGAUGAUGAUUUUAAACAUCUGUUUUUUUAUUAUUUCCCCUAUUUUUAUUGUCACUCGACUGAAUUCCUACACAAUUGUCGUCUCCCUCUGUCUUGCUGGGCUGCACUUAUUCUGCUCAUUUCAAACGUAACUUAAAAACAUUUACCUCAUCCAAACCAAACCGAAGCAUUUGUGUGCAGCAAAGAAAAAAGCUGAAGUGAAUAUUCCUAAAGGUUUGUAAUAAAAUGUGUGACGACUGUGCUUUGUGACAUGCUGGUUUCAUUUGAUGUAGCAGAUUUAGAAAAACACCUUGUAUUGUGCAUUUUAUUGAUUAAAAUGCUUUUUCAUUCA